AUGUCGAGCCCGCCGUUCACAGUCAAGGCUAUUUACGAAUACACCUCUCCACACGAAGAUGACCUCCACUUCCCCCUCGGGCAGAUGAUCACCGUCACAAAUGUGGAGGAUGAUGAUUGGUACGAUGGGAACUAUGUGGAUGCUUCUGGUGUGACACAGGAGGGUAUAUUCCCAAGGAACUUUGUGGAGAGGUACGAGCCGACGGCGCCUCCACGGCCAACUCGCGCACCUCGACCAAAGAAGGAGGUAGAGCCUGUGCCAGAACCACCACGCGAACCCUCUCCCCCACCGCAGCCAGUCCACGAAUCAGAGCCAGAGCUCGAACCAGAGCCCGAACCAGAACCGGCACGUCAAGAGGUCCACGAAACCCCGGCCGCUGCCCCAGAGGCUCCUCCGUCGAUUCCCAAGCCUCAAGCCGUGAGUGCUCCCCCACCAAAACAAGCGGAAAUCUCUCCACCAGCUGCUUCCAAGCCCAUCCCUAUUUCGAAACCUUCUGCGCCUCCGCCAGUCGUAGAGAAGCCUAGUGGGGGUUCGUUCAGGGAUCGUAUUGCUGCUUUCAACAAGGCUGCUCCUCCCCCGGCGCCGUUCAAGCCAGCCGGAUUCAGCUCUGGAGGAUCGAAUAAUUUCAUCAAGAAGCCUUUUGUCGCACCGCCUCCCAGCAAGAAUGCAUACGUACCGGUUAUCCGAGAUCCUCCAGUUCAGAAGAUCUAUAAGCGUGAAGAGGAUCCCGAAGUUGUGGCAAGCCAGGCAGAGAACCAGGAACAAGCGGAACGGGCAGGAUUGGCUCCAGCGUCAAACGAGAACGAUGGGGAAGAGCAGCCAAAGCCGACUAGCUUGAAAGAGCGCAUUGCGCUGCUUCAGAAGCAGCAAAUGGAGCAAGCAUCUCGGCAUGCAGAGGCGGCACAGAAGAAGGAGAAGCCCAAACGUCCUGUCAAGAAGCGAACCACAUCAAAUGCAGCAGCUGAAGGCGAGGAGGUCAGCACACCAGCGAGGCGUGACACGGAAGAGACGUCUGGAAGGCCAUCCGUAGAAUCCGUGAGAGAGGAUGUUUCGCGAACACGCAGAUCAUCAACUCAACCAAAGAAAUCUCUUGGGGACAGCAAUGCGGCCGAUGUGUUGGGGGUAGGUGAUGUAACCAAAGAACCUGAAGAACAAAUAUCUGUCAAGGAUGACAAUGAUGAGAAGCCAAAACACGAAGCAUCUCCGGCACCUUCGGCACCUGCCCGUGCUCCAGUUGCCCAAAUUGGGGAGCCUGACGUUGGCGAGCAAGAUGGUGCUUCCGAGGAAGGCGAGGAUGAAGAAGAGGAAGACGAAGAUGUUGAUCCCGAAGUCCGGAGAAAGGAGGAGUUGAGGGCUCGUAUGGCCAAGAUGAGCGGUGGAAUGGGUAUGCACGGCAUAUUCGGGGGUGGGAUGGCAAUGCCAGCUCCGGCUCCACCCAAGAAAAAGAAGCCCACUGGUACAAGUGAGAAGCGAUCUGGGGAAUAUGGACGGGAUGAUGUGUCGCAAACUGCUCGAGCUCCUCCUGUACCCAUGAUUCCCUUGCCCGGGAUGUCACGAGUUCGAAGUCCAGAGGAAGCCAACAGGCAGCUCGGUCACGAUGAAGAGACAACCCCUGUCUCGGCGGUUCGCCCGGCUGACGAGGUACCGGAUGUCGAGGAUGUUGUCCCUGCGCAUGAUAGUACUGCACCUCUUCCUGUACCAGAGCAUGAUGGAGAUGCCCCGCCGAUUCCGGGUGGAAGACCAACUCCUCCACCUGCACCAACUGAGUCUCUACCUGCUGCUCUGAUGUCUCCCAGUGCUGGAUACGAAUCGGACGAUGAGAUGCCUCCUACAGACAAGCCAGCGCACAUCCCACCACCGAUAGAAACUCCCCAGGCGCCUCCACGCCCCUCAGAAGGACCAGGCUCUCCAAUGUCUCCCAGUGCUAGGGGAAUGUCGCAUCUUGCAUCGGAACCCUCGCCAUCUUCACCUACAACCCCCGUGACGAACAAGCGUCUAAGCAAACUACCUCCUCCAAUUCCAGGUGGGGUUUCUGCUUCUCAAUCACAAAACAGAGCCCCGUCAUCACCGCACCCGGGAGUUGGCAUCAAGCGAGCGCCGACUGGUGACCGCCCUAUGAAAAUCCCUCGGGAGGAAAGCGAGGAAGAGGUUACAGCAUAUGAGGCCGACUAUGAUACUGAUAUUGCUUCAACCGCCCCUCAUAAGGAUGCCUUGAAAGCUGCAGAACCAGAAGAUACUGUUCAUGUUCGAUCACCGCUCACUUCGCCUUCUUCAGUCCCUCCUCCUCUUCCACCAACGGCUGCCCCUCGUGCGAUUCCUCCUCCCUUGCCCGCACAACCACCGCCGACAACACGGCAGUCAGUGGAUAUGCCUAGAGCUGCUCCGCCGCCUCCGCCGCCAACUAAAGUCCCACCUCCGCGGGAGUAUGAGGAGGCGGAUUUUGAUCCUUACAAGUAUGCAGGGCCUAAGACAGCCCCUCCACCAGGCCCGCCACCUCCAGGACCGCCCCAACAGGCUAUGACAGGCGACGAAGACCUUUAUUCCGCGUCUCCGCCAAGAUCAUACAAUAUGCCUCAGGAAAGAGUAGCCCCUGCCCCGCCACCAUUGAUCAGUCGAAAAUCUGGCCGAAAGUCAUCAGACUUAUCGCGUUCUGGAACUGUAAGCAGGAGAUCCGUCGAACUGGGCAGAAUGUCUAUGGACUCUGGUUUUGUAGCGAACGACGUGGAUCUAGCACCAAAUUCCCUCUGGUGGACGCAGCCUAGAGGUAUCCCACCCGUGUUCUCGGGAAGACGGGAUAUUGCCCUUGAUUUCGAAGAGUCGAAAAGUGGAAAGGUUGUCACCAAGCAUGUCUCUAUCCUGUUUCAAGACUACUCUCAAACCAUUAUCACCGUCGAGUUCGACGCACAGGACCCCAAGAAGGCCCGAUUAGAGCAACGACAUGAUCAGCCCCCAUUGCGCCAGCGUCAAGAUCAAUUGGAGCAAGCACACGACAAAUACGGCCGCCAGAUCUACGAAGCCGUUCACUCUAAGAAGGAGACUGUUGUCGGCGAUGGUACACCCCAAGGCCUCAUCCAAAAAUUGCUCGAGCCCUUCUCCGACGCCCUCCUCCCCAUCGGCACCCGCGCUUACGGUGCCAUCAUUUAUAGCAAUCUCGCCAACGCUUCAACGCAACAGAACGACGAGAUUCGCCCCGGAGAUAUCAUCACGCUUCGCAACACCAAGUUUCAAGGCAAGCACGGACCUAUGCAUGCCAAGUACAGCAUGGAGGUCGGACGGCCAGAUCACGUAGGUGUCGUUGCUGAGUGGGACGGCACUAAGAAGAAGGUGCGGGCAUGGGAGCAGGGGCGAGAAAGUAAGAAGGUCAAGCUAGAGAGCUUCAAGUUGGAUGAUCUGAGGAGUGGAGAGGUAAAGAUCUGGAGGGUUAUGCCUAGGAGUUGGGUGGGCUGGCAUGGAUCUAAUUGA